AUGGCAACUUCGCAACCAGGCCCAGCGUACGAACCUCCGUACCCCUCGUGGAGAGAGCGCAAGAGCGAUGGUGGCGUCGUCAUCGCGCCGCACGCCAGGCGCCUCUUCUGGCCUCUCGACGGCGAGUAUCCCGCCGCGAUCUCCGUCAUGAGGACCGUCCACAGCGCCAACGAGCUCAAACCCUUCUUCCAACCCGCCGCUGAGGAUAUGGCCAGCGUCACAUGGCACGAGAUUGCGCACCUGCCUCUCACCGAGCCAAAGGUCUCGUCUAUCGACGCUUCGAUCCACGACUUCCAUCAAUGGGAAGUUGACUGGGUCAGGCGCCAUAGUGAACACACCGGCCUCGAGUGUAAUCCCGAGUGGGUCACAUACGGAGACCUCAACGACGAGGAUCGGCCUUACGCAAACGAGCCCAAAGAGGACGGCAGCUGGGAGGAGGACUCGGACACCGAGUUUCUUCUCAGGUGCUGUGGAGAAGACCGGCCGAUGAGGAAGCGAGAGCUGAAGCUGACAGUCACGCCUUCUGCCGGUAAUGACUUUGUUACGGUGCACGACUACGUUAGCGUUGUGCAUCCCUGGCUUAUGAGCUUGCGAGAUGAUAUUAUGAAGGCCAAGCAGGUUGCACAAUUUCAGAUGUACCCUGUGCCGGCCGCAAAAGAGUGGAUGGUGGAACAGGGGCCGUACCAUGACAUUCUCGAAAAAGAGAGCUGGGUUCAAAGAUACGGCGGCGGGCCCCCUCGCCAGUUGUCUGCCUCGAGCCAGGCAUUUCUCGAGAAGAUACUGACAACAGCCUACACGCGGCAAGUCUACCCGAGCAAGGGUGCCUAG